AUGGAGGUCGACUUCGCUGAGUAUCGAUUGCGCUGUCAACUUCGAGGCCACGAAGACGACGUUCGUGGUAUAUGUGUAUGUGAUAAUGUGGGUAUAGCGACUUCUUCAAGGGACAGAACCAUCAGGUUCUGGUCUUCUAAUCCAUUGAAUAAUGGUGACUACACUAUGUCUAAGAUACUGUUGGGGCACACUAGUUUUGUGGGGCCAUUGGCUUGGGUUUCACCGAAUGCGGAGCUUCCAGAAGGUGGUAUUGUAUCUGGUGGGAUGGAUACUCUAGUUCUGGUGUGGGAUUUGGCAACUGGAGAGAAGGUUCAGACACUGAAAGGUCAUCAACUGCAAGUCACUGGCAUUGCAUUGGAUGGAUCGGACAUUGUAUCAUCGUCGGUAGAUUGGUAUGAUACUGUUCGAGGCCUGGCUGUGAUGCCUGGUUUGGGAAUUCUUUCUGCCUCCCAUGAUGGUUCUAUUAGAUUAUGGGCGCUUAGCGGUGAAGUGUUAAUGGAUAUGGUUGGUCACUCUUCGAUCGUCUAUUCUGUUGAUGCACAUGCUUCUGGGCUAAUUGUUAGUGGUAGCGAGGAUUGUUUGGCGAAGAUUUGGAAAGACGGAGUUUGCGUUCAAAGCAUAGAGCAUCCUGGUUGUGUUUGGGAUGCCAAAUUUUUGGAUAGUGGUGAUAUUGUGACUGUAUGCUCCGAUGGAGUCGUGCGUGUUUGGACUGCACAUCAGGACAAGAUUACUGACCCGUUAGAACUUGAGUCACAUGCAAGUCAACUUUCUCAGUACAAGCACAGUAGGAAGAGAGUUGGGGGGUUGAAAUUGGAUGAAUUGCCAGGGUUAGAGGCUUUACAAAUUCCAGGAACAACUGAUGGGCAGACAAAGGUUGUCAGAGAAGGUGAUAAUGGCGUGGCCUAUGUGUGGGAUUUGAGGGAACAGAAGUGGGAUAAAAUUGGUGAAGUUGUUGAUGGACCUGAUGAUAACAUGAAACGUCCUGUUCUUGAUGGAAUUCAAUUUGAUUAUGUAUUUGAUGUUGAUAUUGGAGAUGGUGAACCUAUUCGUAAAUUGCCCUACAAUCGCUCAGAUAAUCCAUACACUACUGCUGACAAGUGGCUUGUUAAGGAGAAUCUUCCUCUUUCUUACCGUCAACAAAUUGUAGAGUUUAUACUCCAGAAUUCUGGUCAAAAGGGUUUUGCACUUGAUUCAUCCUUUCGUGACCCCUUCACUGGCUCCAGUGCUUAUAUACCCGGAGAACCUUCCAACGUGUCUGCUGUCGCUGCAAAACCCACUUUCAAGCACAUUCCCAAGAAAGGAAUGCUUGUCUAUGAUGUGGCUCAGUUUGACGGGAUCCUAAAAAAAAUCUCGGAGUUCAACAAUGCUCUUCUUUCCGAUCCGGGAAAAAAGGAUUUGUUACUAACUGAGGUUGAGAUUUCAAGAUUCGGUGUCAUUGCAAAAGUCUUAAAAGACACAUCACAUUAUCACAGCAGUAGAUUUUCAGAUUCUGACAUUGAGUUGUUGCUGAAGUUGUUAAGAUUGUGGCCAGUUGCUAUGAUGUUUCCAGUUGUUGAUAUUUUGAGGAUGAUCAUCCUUCAUCCAGAUGGAGCUACUAUCCUCCUCAAGCAUGUCAAUGAUAAUGAUGAUGUACUCAUGGAGUUGAUCAAGAAGGUUACAACAAGUCCACUUCCAGCAAACCUUCUGACCAGCAUUCGUGCUGUGAUUAAUCUCUUCAAGAAUUCGUGCUUUUAUCAGUGGUUACAAAAGCAUCGUGGUGAGAUUCUAGAUGCAUUCUCGAGUUGUUACUUAUCUCCCAAUAAGAACGUGCAAGUGUCUUAUUCAACAUUGGUACUCAACUAUGCUAUUCUUUUGAUCGAAAAGAAGGACGAAGAAGGCCAAUCUCAAGUUCUUUCGGCAGCUCUUGAGAUUGCAGAAGAGCAAAAUUUAGAUGUCGAUUCAAACUUCCGGGCCUUAGUUGCCAUUGGAUCGCUGAUGCUCGAGGGUCUCAUGAGAAGAGUAGCAUUGGACUUUGAUGUUGAGAAUGUUGCCAAAGCAGCAAAGGCAUCUAAGGACACCAAGAUAGCCGAAGUUGGAGCUGACAUUGAACUGAUUGCAAAGCAGCGUUGA